CGUCUUCCUUGCUUGUCUCGCUCUCCCCCCUCGCCCUCCUCUCGCUCGUCUCGUCUCUCCUUCGUCCGUCUCGACUCGUCCGGCUUGUCCCCGCCCAUCAUGGACUGAAUCCGUUCGCUCUUCCCAUCCUCUCGCGCGGUUCGAUUCUCGCCAUGUCCGACUCCAAACGCCGCCUGGCCCCUGCUCCGACCGGUGGAAACGCCGGCUCCGACGCCCAGCAGCGCAGGAAGAAUGUCGGCACCGCCUGUUUGGCCUGCAAAGCGCGCAAGCUGAAGUGCACCGGCAAUUCCCCCUGCGCCAACUGCGUCAAGCACGGUCUCGUCUGCACACUGAACCAAGCCGCCGACAAACGCCGCCGCGGACACAUGAAGCGAAAGAUCGACCAGCUCGAAGACAAGGAGGAUCUGUUGAUCGGGCUGGUCGGGAUUCUGCGCGAGAGCGGCAACCGACGCACGAUUCCGCUGCUGAACCUGAUCCGCAGCAACGCCACCCUGGCUGAGAUCCGCCACUACAUUGACCACGAGCUGCCGAAGGCCGAUCUGGCGCGCACCCCGGAGCUCGUGGAGGUCUGCAAUGAGGUCCAGCGUCUGCAGCAGAACGAGUCGCGGUCGGUCCGUCGCAUCCUCGACGCCAAGCGCCUCUCGGAUAUCCCGCGGUUCCGUGUCCCUGCGCUGCCCUGGACGAGUGUCACCGAGGAUGAAGACUUCGUGUCGCAUCUCGUCUCGCUGUGGUUUACCUGGUGUCAUCCGUUCUGUAACUGGGUGGAUCGCGCCAGGUUUAUUGGCGAUAUGCAGGCGGGAAGUAAGGCGGGGGCGUCGUACUGUUCGCCGUUUUUGGUCAAUAUUAUCUUGGCGGAUGCUUGUGCUUAUUCGGAUUAUCCCGAGGCGUGUGCGAAAGCGGAGGAUCCGACAACGAGAGGGUCGCAUUUCUACGAGGAGGCGAAGCGGUUGCUGGACAAGGAAGAGGGCAGGAUCUCUCUUCCGACUGCACAUGGCCUCGGCGUUCUCUGGACCUGUGCUUCCAUGACCGGCCGAGACCGCCAGGGUUGGAUCUAUCGCAGCCAAGUAGCAUACUCCGUCCAAGAGCUCUCUCACAAUUACUCCGUCCUGGCGCCCAAGGCCGAUGAAGACACUCUGCGCAUGGCCCGAGUGAUCAGCAACACGCACUGGGGCCUGUUCAAUAUCGCGACGGUCCACGCCUUGUUCGAGAAGAAAAUGCCGCCUAUCAAGCCGCCGCAACGAGUGUCUUUGCCGCCCGUCAGUCACGACUCCGACCAGGACGACUGGCAGCCAUACCCGACCUUCGCCGAGGGCAUCCAGUCGCACACGGACUGCCUGUUCAACGCCCUGUGUCAGCUCAAUCUGAUCGCCUACGACCUGUGCGCCCUGUUCUUCCGAGGUGACACCGACCGGUCGCCUGUCGAAUGCGACCGUCACACCGCGGACGCGCAUACCCGUCUGCGCCAGUGGUCGGACCGACUCCCCGACUGUCUGAAGGGCAGCAAGAUCGAAGCUCCGCAUAUUUUAUCUUUACACAUGUACUACCACGCCAUCAUAAUGACUCUUUACGGCCUCUCCAAUACCCUCCCAUCUCCAUCCCACCAACACUCUUCCCCCUACAGCAACCACCAUCACCACCAAGACUCCCAGCAAAACCCCCUCCAAGCUCGACUCUCUUCCGCCCGCACCAUCUCCCAACUCCUCCGCAUCCACCGCACCUCCUGGGGCGUCGACCGCAUGCCCGUGCACAACAUCCACUUCAUCAGCACCGCACUCUUCGUCCUCCUCGACCACCUCUCCGACGCGCCCAACCGCGACGCCUUCGUGAACAUCUGCGUCACCGCAAAAGCAUUCUCUCGCCGCUGGGAAUCCAGCAAGACGACACUGCGCUCUCUGCGCGCCACGGCGCGCGAGAAGGGGAUUGACUUGCCGACCGAGACGGAUCCCUUGUUCGCGGAGCUGGAGAGUCAGAGUCGCGGGUUGGGGUUCACCCUGGGCUUGGGGUUUGGGUUGCAGGGACAGGGGCAGGGGCAGGCCCCGUCGUUAGGUCCAGUGCUUGCGCAGGGCCAGGGGCUUGGGUCUGCGUCUGGGUCUGGGAGCUCGAAGGGGAGAGAGGAGACGGUUGUUUCGACCGAGGGAGGGAGUAGUGAUCUGUAGCCUUCUCUGGGUCUUGGUUUUAUGGAACCCAGUCGCAGACUGACCCGAUCAUCGGGGUCAUCGGGCGUGUAUCUCCUCCAUCCACUUGCUCAACUCUCAUGACCAGACAUGCACAGAUGGAUACAUGUCAUACUGGCGAACUGAACAGAUUGCUCGCCUGCCCAGUGCCUACCAGAACCCAAGGACCUUUCAUCUACCAGCCGAAUACGUUGGAAUCGGUUCGUUAGAGGACGCUCGCGGCGCCUAGACACGGGAACUUGCAUUUCGGAAUCAGUGUCGUGCUCGAAUUCCAGAAUUACAGCAUACACUUUGACUAUUCACCAUUCAUCAUAUACCAUAUACCAUACAUGAUUUCCGGUCCUUUGCAUUUAUAUUGUUUUUUAUACCAGUUGGGCUUCUGUGUUGGUUUAAUAACGUGAGGGGUUUAUAUUAAAAUUAAUGGAUACAUUUGAGUCUGGAGUUGG